AUGUUUGCCCGACUUCCUUCGCUCAGCUUUGAAAUUGAAGCCGAGCCCACUGACGUUGCGGGUCGGAUAUUGAAGGACAAAGUGGACACGACUCCAUUCUACAAAGAGUAUCUGAUUAAGCCGUUCAUUCCCCUAGAACAGCACCACCUAAUAUCAGCUGAGCAUUCUAUCGCCGCUUGCCAAAUACGAGGAGUCCUGCCAUUAUUGCAAUGCGAUUUGUUCCGUCAUCUGAAUAAUCAAGAGGAUUUUCGUCAAGACAACAUAUCGUCAGCAAAAGAGCAAAUAACAAGUUGA